UUGUUCACGCUCACAUUGAUGAUUGACAGGUGAGUGUCCAAGAUCCACAGAAGUUUACUGUUAAGAUUCUCAAGAAAUUCAGGGGAGUGAACAACUAUAAAUAUGGUGCAUGGACUUGCUCUUUACCUACAACCAUUGAGAUAAUCUCCGAGUUAAUUAUCUACAAGUUUCUCUAUUUCAACCCACUUCUGCAGGUGUCUUCGUUCUUCUUUCCUAAAUUCUCUGCAAGGUUCUCUUGUCAAUUAUGGCACCACCACAUGUAGAGGCUAUUGCUAGUACUUACAGUAAGACCAACAGCUUCUCCAAGCCACCAAGACCCUCGAACAACAAUAAUCUUCAUCGAACAAUAUCCGAUAUCUCAUAUGAACUGAGCAAGGAAGCAAUCGAUAUCAAGCAGCUCCCGCCAAUAUCAGAGGUUGAAGAUGCAAAAUGUGAAUGUUGUGGCAUGAUUGAAGAGUGCACCCCCGAGUACAUUGAUCGCGUUCGCAACAAGUUCUUAGGGAAGUGGAUUUGUGGGUUGUGUGCAGAGGCAGUGAAAGAAGAGAAGGAGAAAAAUGGAGGCAAAAUAGAGGAGGCUCUUAAUGCACAUAUGAGUGCAUGUGCAAGGUUUAACAAGUUUGGUAGGGCUUAUCCAGUCCUGUCCCAAGCUGAGGCCAUGAGGGAGAUCUUAAAGAAAAGCACAAGAAGGGCACAAUCUAUUAGUCCUAAAGGUGCCCAAAAGAAUGGAGGGAUUGCCAGGAGUUCAAGCUGCAUUGCAGCUAUUACAAGGGCCAUGACUAAUCUCACUAUGGCCAAUUGAGUUGCCAAAUGGCUUCUUUAUGUGCGUAAACGUCCUCAUCUCUUUGAACCCUUAAUUAAUUUGUUUGUUGCCUUUUUUUAGUAUCCCCUUCAGGUCUUGCAUAUGUUUUUCCUGGCUUCAUUUGAUAUGGACUAACCUUUUUGGUUACCUUAGAAAGGUUCUUUGGGUUGAUCCAUACUUGUUUUAUCCUUUUCAACCGAGGGGCAUUUUAGUUUCUUCCCUUGGUUGUUUAUGCAUCCACUUUUCAUAUAUUUAACUACUCGGUUUUUCUAGGUGGGUCUAAUUUCAGGAGUUAUCUUACAAGAUAAAAAAUUGGUCAUUCUGUAGGGUCUCUCUCUCUCUCUCUCUCUCUCUCUCUCUCUCGCACUCUCUGUGGUGGGAUGGGUCCAAAAGUCUCCAAUUCUCAUGUUCUUCUUUCCAGUUUUUUCUGUUGACUAAAAUUUCUCUAGCUAGCAGUUGUAGCCAACAUUCAACUGACUGUAAUAAGAAGGCUUUAGUUGUUAGACGUUGUGAAGGUCUGCCUCACUUUACUCUAACCACAUAAGCUCUACAAUUUAUAAUUUGCAAGCCAGUAGUGGUUCUAUGUAUUCAAUUUAUGUAUCUUAAAACAUCUGUUAAUCAUGUAUGGACUAAUUAAACAAAUUUACUACAUCACAACUUCAUCAUAA